UAUUCAUAGGAGUUUUCUGCGGUCCCAUUGGCUUGUUGGAUUUGUCUUCUCUUCUCACUUCUCACUCCUCAGUCACAUUCUCUUUCUCUCUCACCAAUACCAUGGCUUCCUCUACUUCCCUUUCUUCUCACCUUCACACACCCAUAUUCUCUUCUUCUCCUUCCCCUUCCCCUUCCCCUUCCCCUUCUCGCCUUAAUCCUCUUCCCUCUUUUCCCUUCCAUUCUCGAAUCACCCACAAACCCCUUCACCUUCAAACCCCUCUUCUUUCCUCCAAGAUUCGCUCUUUGCGCCAAGAAACCACAGCCACACCAGUUACUAAAGACCUGUGGGAAAAUUCAAUUCUGAAAAGUGAAACUCCAGUCCUUGUUGAAUUCUACGCGAAUUGGUGUGGCCCAUGCAGGAUGGUACACCGAGUUAUUGAUGAGAUUGCAACAGAGUAUGCUGGAAGACUUAAGUGCUUUGUACUCAACACAGACACCGAUAUGCAAGUUGCUGAAGAUUACGAAAUUAAGGCUGUACCCGUGGUUUUGCUGUUUAAAAAUGGCCUGAAAUGUGAUGCUAUAGUUGGUACAAUGCCAAAGGAAUUUUAUGUUGCUGCAAUUGAGAGGAUGUUCAAGUCUUGAACAUGGAUAUGUCUUACUUAAACUUUUGCACUUACAGGUCAUGUUGAAUUUUGGUUAAUUUUUUCGGUUAUUUUGUUAGGCUGCUCUACAUUACUGAGUUCUUCCUGUACAUACUUGAUGUGCUUUUUCUCGCAAUAGGUUCAACCUGGAGAUUAUGUUUUAGUAAUGAAUGUUCUGCUUUCUAUCACUCUUCUUUUUUAAAAAGUAUUGUUCAGAUACAUGUUGAAUUUUUGUUUCUUUGGUACCUGAUUUGAACAGCAUCUGUUAUUCUGAAAGUACAAUUUGAUUACCAUA